AUGCCUGGCAAUAACGUGAACAAGAUCGACGAUGGUGACAGUUCCGUCGCGAGUUUCGAGGAGAUCAACGUGAUGAAAGCUGGAUCCCAUGACAAGGUGUCCUCCAUCAUCAAGGAUCUCAUUGCUCAUGGGCGAAAGCUUGGUUCGCCUUCAAAGGAGAAGGAGAACACCGUUGGUGAUGAGGGGGAUGAGGAGGAAGUCCCUGACGUUCUCUAUGUCGUACAGUACCGAGAUGUAGGUGGACGAGUCGUUGACACUCGUCAAAGUGAUAAGCCACUGGACCUCUCGCUGGAUGCGAACGAAGAUGAGGGCAAUAAGAAGAAGCCGGUCAUCGAAAUUCUCACGAAGGUCUCUGCUUCUAUCAAUAGAAACCGGAACCGGCGUCGUCCAAGAUAUGGCGGGUAUUCACCUGCUUACACGGAUAGCGAAGCAUCCUCGGAUGAGGAAGAUGACAAGAUGAAGAUCACCAAGAUCGAGACAACCGAGAUGGUGAUUCACUCCACGCAUCUCAAAAACGCCUUGAAUGCGGUGGUGGGCUACUAUCCCGGUGCCAACUUCUUGACCGAUACCGUCACCAUCGAUGCUCCUUAUUAUGUCCUUAUUCAUCACCGUGAGGCUCUCGCUCGCUACAAGACUGCUCAGCCUGCAUGCCACGAUGCCGAGUAUGUUGCAACUACCGCGAAGCAUAUCGACGUUCUUCUCAACUUCCUCGAGAAGACGUACGGCGAACGCAUCCGUGAUGAAGAGGAUCGUCACAGGAACAACCCUCCCGCUACAACGUUCGACUGGCUGUGGUUGAUCCUCAAGCCAGGAGAGAUCAUCUACGCCAAGAUUCAGAACAGUUGGGUCCCGUUCCUCAUCAGCUUUGUCGACAACGUCACCAAUGCUCAGGGCAAGCUCAUGUCUUAUACUGUCGAGUGCUGGAAUAUCCGCUUUGGAAAUGGCAAGCUUCGGCGCGUAAUGAACUCGUUUAGCGUCCGCUCAUUCCCUGGCGAGCAGGCCAUUCACAGUUUGAACAUUGUGCCUGCCGCAUUCUUCCCUGAGAACAUCCAGCCAGAGGCCGAUGUGACUAUGACCGAGAAGCAAGUCGAACUCGGCAAGAUCUACUGGGACUUGUCAAAGCGCCCAUCAUACAAGGAUUAUGAUGGUCAGCUAGUUGACAAGGACUUCUGUAUGACCGGGACCGUCUCUGGAAGAGUCAUAGUAGAUGCCGAUGGCUAUGAGCGCUUCAUCAACAUGGGCCCAGAUGGACAGCGCAGAAGAAUGCCGCCUCCUCCAGGACGCGGAGGUGCCCCUCCACCGACCAAAGACCAGCUGCCACGCUUCGGCCCUCGCUGCAGCUGCAAGCCCUGCAGCAAGCAAGGAGAUAGAGAAGAAACCGGGCCGUUCGCUGAUUUCGAGGAUUUGGAUCCCAAUCAAGACAAGCCACCAAAGAACAGCAACUACUUCAUUGUUCUGUCGCCAGACAUUCCUGCUUUUAUCCUCAGCGAGAGACGCUGGGGACAUGUCAGCGUCGAGAACUUGAAAGAUGUCAAGUCCGACAGAGAGGCCUUCAAGUAUCUCGUCCUGGACGACGAGAUCAAGUUGACCGUCAAGGCUCUUAUCGGCAAGUUUGCCAGCGCUGACGGGAAGGUCUCCCCUUGGCCCAAUGACUUCGUCAAGAACAAGGGUGAGGGACGGAUCUUCCUGCUCCACGGCUCCCCUGGUGUCGGCAAGACCUGCACCGCCGAGUGCGUCGCAGAGCUUACCCACCGGCCCCUUCUGUCUCUUACCAGCGGAGAUAUCAGCACUUCGAUGAGCUCCUCUUCUGUCGAGCGCAAUCUGCACUACUUCCUGCAGCUGGGAGAGCGCUAUGGCGCGCUCGUGCUGCUCGACGAAGCUGACGUGUAUCUUGAGGAGCGCCGCACCAAAGACCUUCACCGCAACGGCCUGGUGUCCAUUUUCCUGCGUGCCCUGGAGUACUACCGCGGUGUUCUGUUCCUGACGACAAACCGAGUUGAGGCAUUCGACUCUGCGUUUACCUCGCGUAUCCACGUCGCGCUGCACUACAAGAAGCUGACGGACGAGGACCGCCUGCGCAUCUGGCAGAACAACUUCGACCGCCUCGAGCGUGACUCAUCCGGCAAGGCGUACGUGUCCCUCAACGCGCGCGACUACGCUUAUGAGAGUGACGAUGUUCGUGCUCUCAAGUGGAACGGCAGAGAGAUUCGCAAUGCGCUGCAGACUGCUGUGGCGCUGGCGGAGACGGAAGCCAUGGAGGAUGGUCUGGAGAAGGUGAACGUCACUGAGAAGCACAUCAAGGCCGUCGUCAAGAUGAGCAAAGGCUUCAAGGACUUCCUGCGUCGCCGCAGGGGUUGGGACGAGGACCUUGACGACAGUGAUGAUGAGGAUGAGGAUGACGGAAAUUCUGUCACCAGCGAUGACCUCUAG